AAAUGCCCUAAAGCCACUCUCUUGCAUGCCUCAUAGACCCUUUCAAUUCUCUCCCCAACAUCGCUACUAUGGGGAGGCGACCAUGCUGUGACAAAGUUGGAGUUAAGAAAGGACCAUGGACUCCUGAAGAAGAUAUCGUUUUGGUCUCUUAUAUUCAGGAACAUGGCCCUGGAAACUGGAGGGCCGUUCCUACUAAUACAGGAUUGCAUAGAUGCAGCAAAAGUUGCAGGCUUCGAUGGACUAAUUACCUGAGGCCAGGAAUCAGACGUGGUAGUUUUACUGACCAUGAAGAGAAGAUGAUCAUCCACCUUCAAGCUCUCCUAGGAAACAGAUGGGCUGCCAUAGCUUCUUAUCUUCCUCAGAGAACUGACAAUGACAUCAAAAACUACUGGAACACCCACUUGAAGAAGAAGCUGAUCGAGAACAAGAAUCUUCAAGCUGAAGGUCGCUCUAAAGAUGGCUUCUCUUCAUCUUCUUUAUCACAUCCACACUCCAUUUCUAGAGGCCAGUGGGAGAGAAGGCUCCAAACCGAUAUCCACAUGGCGAGACAAGCUCUAUGCGAGGCUUUAUCACCUGAAAAACCAACCUUCAAAUCUGAGUUGCAAUCCUCUUAUGGCUUCACUUCUUACACAUCAACAACAACUUAUGCUUCAAGUGCUGAGAACAUAGCCAGAUUGCUUAAAGGAUGGGUCAGAAACUCUCCAAAAUUGGCUUCUACAACUAAAAACUCCUCUGCCACAACUUCAAGUGAAGAGACUCCAAACAAGGUAGAGGCUUUUGGAUCAUUGUUUGGCUGUGGCUUUGAGUCUUUUGAUUCAUCAGCCAAUUCUGAUUUGUCCCAAUGCAUGUCUCCGGAGUCAAGCUUUUUACAAGAUGAGAGCAAGCAAGAUCUCAGUGCUCAUGAUCAAAUACCGCAAUUAUCUUUGCUCGAAAAGUGGCUUUUUGAUGAUCAAAGUGACCUUAAAUUAGAUGAGAGUGCUCUAAUUUUCUGAAGCCAUAAAAACUAUAUGUCUUAAUGAGCACUAAUUUUUGUACUAACAAAAACUUUUUUUUAUAUGAUUAAAUAAUUUUAAAUUAAAGAUAAAUUAGCAUUAAAUUAUAUAAUAAUACACAUUGUUAGUAUAGAUAAUAUUAUGAGAAUGAUGUUCAUAAGAUGUAGUGUUUUUGGUACUAGAUGUUGAUGAAUUAAUUGAAUUUCGUAGUGACCAUUUCAACACUAGGAAGGCAAAGUGUAAAUUUCAUAAUAUUAUGUGAUCAAAUCAAUGGUUUUUGAUGAAUAAAUUCUAUAUAAAAAUAUUAAUGUCAAAUUGUCAAUUA